AUGAAUAUAUCCUUUGAAGGAGAAAAGGGCAAAGACCUGACUGAACGAGUAAUUUCAAAUCUGAAGGAAGAAGGUGUGAAAGAACACAACAGCAUCGCCUUAGCUCAAAAUGACACGGAGGACGACGGUGGCGAUAUAACAACUGUCGAAUGUGAAACAAUCGCUCAGGUAGUCUGUAACGAACUCCCUACUGAGGUAAGCGAGAUUAAAUUAAAACUAAACCAACAUAUUGUCGAAACGAAAGCAGAGCUUCAAAAAAUAAAGGAGAACUUUGCCGAACAGCUUGAUCAGCUAAAAGAACUGAGUUUGAAUGGUGGCACUAAAGUAACUGAAUAUUGUCUAACAAGCCUAGAACAUGAAAACGCUACCCUUAGACAUGAAAACACGCAACUUAGGCGCGAAAACGACUCCUUGAAAGAAAGGUUUAACAAUCGUUCUUAUAUGGUAUCGGAUCUAAAUACGAAAAUCAAAAACAUUGAAGAUGAGAAAUUGAGUCUAGUCACUGCCCUUAAGCUGCUGCAAGAAGACAGCAAAUCUAUAUCAUUAAACAAGACGCCGACUCGGCGUUAACCUCGGGUCGGUGGAUAGGGGAUCGUCUGGUAAAUAUCCAAAAAUUGUGUAAAUCACGAUAGUUUAACAGUUCACUAGUAUAAAUGGUGAAUCAGUUAAUCAAAGCUCCGUUUUAAUAUUUUAUUGACAAUAAUUACUGGCCCUCAUCAAACCUAUUGUUUUCUCUCUGCAUUAUAUCAGCGAAUGUCGAGAAGUUUUCAUUUAACGUUCUACUGAAAAACGGGAGCGGCCUUUUUGGUUGUAUAGGGAAAUUCCGGCUCAGGGGUAAAUGUUUAUACGCGUCAUAUUCUAUGUACGCGUUAAAAUAGCACACAACAUUAUUAAAAAUAAUGCAGCGUGCAUCAGUGCACACAGACAUUAUUAGCAAUAAUGCAUCUUCGUCACCCUGACAUGUACACGCGAUAACGUGAACAUCCCAAGAUGAGAAGGUGACAGUGCUAAAGGCCCCCCAUACGGUGUCGUCGGGUGCCUGAAGCACUGUUGGAAACGGUCGCUGUGAGUCUUUUCAGUUCAAUUUUAUAGAGAAAUAGUUUCGUUUGCGCUUGUGGGAUUUUAUCCUAGAUAUACGCAUGUGCAGAAUACACCAUAAGUUCUAUUCCCGUGUUUAUCCAAUACGCUAUUUGAGUAAACCUUAUCAUUAAUGAUAAUAUGUAAACUAGAACACUAUAAUUGACCUCCGCUUGUGGAGAUUUUAAUUUAGGGCGAUUAAUUAAACUGAAAUCUGUUCUAUCACAAUGCACUACAGUGCCUAUGGUUAUGUCUAUAUGCAUGUCCUCACAAAUGUCUAGUGUAACGUUGGAUAGGUUCAUUGUCAUACGGUCCCGACAAGCAGCAACGUACAGUAGUCUUCCAGCCGAAAAUAAUUACUUUUGAUUCGGGUCAGUAAUUAUAAUAGAUAACAAGUGAAAGUUGGCCGCGGUAUUCCCAUGCUAUGCAUACGAAGUAUUGUGCAUUAUAUCAACAUAUACUCGAGAAUAGUUAUCCAGCUAAACAUCUAUGUCAACAUUAUCACAUCUUCUGGUUUUAAAUAAAAAAUUUUGACGGAUUUUGUGCAAGGACAGCUUCGGGUUCCGUUUCGCUUUGGCCGAUGCUUGCCGGAAGUACACUUAUUUACCGGAAGUUGUCGUCUCCUCCGCAGGCCCUUCGAUCUUCGACUACGCGCGCGGCUCGACACAAAUGGAAAAAAAAACAAGAAAAAAAAAAAGAAAAAAAAAUAGGAGCCGAAUUUAAGACCUCGGUGUCGUACCGACCCGAGGUAAUAACAGAGAUGCAACGCACAAUACAUGGCAUACCCCAGGGCACAGAGCGAGAACUAAUGUACAUAAUAUUUCUGCUAAUUAUGCAUGCCAAAAUAAAACUGCUCGAUCUGCAGCUGAUAUGAAUGCUCAAGAACCGGACAUAAUAACGCCAAAUAGAUUCGGUCUCCUGUCCACAGAACAUGACUCAGAUAAAGAAUCAGAAUCUAAUGACGAAAUUGACCCGAGUGAGUCUAGCACUUCGACUAUUAAGGCCGGCGCACACUAGAGCUAUGUGCUUAGCAAAAUGUCAUUCGUGACUGUUGGCGUAAGGAGAUAGCUCUCGUGUGCGGGCGAUUUACGAACGACUUUUGUCAUUCGUGCCACUUACGCCAAAUAUCUAACAUGUUUGAUAAUUUCUGCCUCGCGUGCCAAAAUCUUUCCGUGUGCGGCGAACGAAAGCUAUCUGCUUACGGAUUGUCGUAACAGCACAUGCGUAGUAUACGAAAGUAAACAUCCAAGAUGGCGGCGCAAAAUGAAUUGCUGGCCGAGGCAAUUUUAGAGGACAAACUUACUGGCUAUUUCUUUCACCGCACAUUCCCUUUUGUCCCUAUUUCUAAAAUCUGCAGAACUCGCAUCAUAUAAACAUUUGUAUUCAGGCCAAAGUUCGACAAGUUUGUCCUCUAAAAUUGCCUCGGCCAGCAAUUCAUUUUGCGCCGCCAUCUUGGAUGUUUACUUUCGUAUACUACGCAUGCGCUGUUACGACAAUCCGUAAGCAGAUAGCUUUCGUUCGCCGCACACGGAAAGAUUUUGGAACGCGAGGCAGAAAUUAUCAAACAUGUUAGAUAUUUGGCGUAAGUGGGACGAAUGACAAAAGUCGUUCGUAAAUCGCCCGCACACGAGAGCUAUCUCCUUACGCAAACACUCACAUUUUGCUAAGCACAUAGCUCUAGUGUGCGCCGGCCUUUAGACAAAGUAGGUCAAGUAAUUUAAACAUGAUUCGAACAAACACGAUAGAAAACAAAGGAGAAAAGAAAGUCAAUCAACCCAAACUUCUAUUGAAUUUUCCAAGGGCAAGGCCAAAACCAACAAUAGAAAGCAUACAACAAAUGCAAAUUCAAACGAUUUAUUUCAAACAGGCUCAAAGAAUAAUAAGUCUGUUAAACUUGUUUUCAUCGCCGGGGACUCAAUUCUACAACAUGUUCACGGCUGGGACUUGUCUAACGAUAAACAACGUGUAUCUGUAAAGUCCUUUUCAGGGAGUAAAGCUGACGAUAUGCAAGAUUACAUAAAACCAUUACUACGCAAAAAGCCAGACGAGAUAAUAUUGCAUGUAGGCACUAACAAUAUUAAAGAUAACGCCAAGACGGCAGAAGUGGUUGCUGCGGGUAUCUUAAACCUCGGAACCCAAAUAAAGGAUAGUCUACCGUACCAUGCACUAACGUAUGUAUAUCGGGCAUUAUUACCAGGAAAGAUAAAGCUAAUAUCCAGAAUAAAAUUAAAACUGUAAAUGACAUUCUUAAACGGGUCUCUGACCAAAACAAAUAGACCUAUAUAGACAACACUAAUUUAGAUUAUACUUGCCUAAAUAGAGGUGGCCUACAUUUAUUAAAUAGAAAGGGUAGUAGCACUCUUACUAGAAAUUAUAGUAAUCACUCUAGUCGUAAUUGAAAUAAGGCAUGGCCAGGUGCUGUAAGGUAUGCUCAAUUUAACCCAUAUUUCCCUGAUUUCAAGGGUUUCAAGAUGGGUAUGCUUAACAUAACCAGUUUACCUAAGCAUAUUGACGAAAUUAAGAUCAUAUUAGCCGAUGAAUGUCUCGAUAUUCUUGCAUUAAAUGAGACAAGAUUGGAUGAUACUAUUAAUAACCAGGAUAUGUACAUAAGUAAUUAUGAUCUUAUUAGGGUCGAUCGUUCUAGAACAGGGGGAGGCGUCUGUUUAUAUGUGAAAACUUCCCUUAACUAUUUAGAACGAAAAGAUCUGACUAGAGAUAAUCUCGAAGCUAUAUGUGUUGAGAUUCGCAAACCUUCCACUGCACCAUUUAUUGUCGGUACUAUUUACAGACCUCCAAGUGCUUCUGUUGACUCUUUUGCCACAAUUGAGCAAUUAGUAAAAACAAUAGAUAAUGAAAAUAAGGAAUUUUACAUACUUGGUGACUUAAAUGCUAACAUGCUUGACACCUCAAACAAUGCCACAAAGAAUUUAAAUUCAAUCAUGGAAUUAUAUCAAUUAUCGCAAACGAUAAACACACCCACCCGUGUGACCACGACCUCAUCCUCCCUAAUAGACGUUUGUCUUACUCCCACUCCAACUAAGUUAAUAACAUCACAAGUAAUACCAAUUGCCAUUAGUGAUCAUUGUAACAUGAUCUUCGCUGUUCGUAAAAUAAAUAUGCAGCGCAAACAAAACAGUCACAAGAAAGUUGAAAUUCGAAAUUUAAAAUAUUUUAAUGCUGAGAGUUUCCAAGCUGACCUGCGUGGUCAGGAAUGGGAAUUAUUAGAUAACAAUCUCUGCGUUGAUAAGAUGUGGGACACAUGGAAGACACUUUUCGUACAAGUUCUUGAUAGGCAUGCCCCAAUCAGGGAAAAGAGAGUUAAAAGUAAACCAAAUGUUCCUUGGCUCACUAGUACAAUUAAAAAACAAAUCCGCGAACGCGAUCGCCUUAAAUCUCUUGCUAUUAGACAUAAAUCGGAAAAUUACUGGAACGCAUACAAAACCUCUAGAAAUCGCGUAACUGAUGCAUUGCGAGAAACAAAAGCAGCAUAUUAUAAAGGAGAAUUUAAGAAAGUCAAACAUGAUCCCAAACAAGCAUGGAAAACUGUGAAUAAAAUCCUAAACCGUAAACAAGAAAGUAGAGAAAUAAAUUGUCUUGAAACACAGAGAGGACAAAUUUCACAUCCAACAGAGUUAGGCCACAUAAAAAAAUUGCUUGUUUAGCGUCCCCGCCCGACCUGAUAAAAGUCCCCGACCUCCAAUUUUUUAUUUUUUUUUUUUAAUCCAUCCGAGUUCAGUGCAAAAACUCUCUAUAAAAAAGACCGUUUUACUUGAAAAAAUGGUGAUUUUAUUCUUUUGGGAGCUAUGUAAUACGUUUACACAAAGUUUCCUUCCCAGAAUAUGCCUGUUCGCAGCUAAAGUGUUCGCGCGUGACCGUCAAACGGUAAUUUUCUGUUUUAUUAAAAACAUGAACUGUGAUUAAAAAACAUGAACGGAUUUUGAAAGAAUUAAGUGAGUUUUGACUGUGGUAAUAUAUUGGAUUUCCUGCAUUUAGCAGAAUUUUGUGUUGCAUUUUACGAAAAAAAAAAAAAAACCCCGCCCGCCCGACCUAGAAAAAUUAAAAUGGGUGGACGCUAAACAAGUAACUUUUUUUAUGUGGCCUUAGCGGAGUGUUUUAAUAAUUAUUUCACCAAUAUUGGUCCAGAUAUUGCCAAACUAUCGACAAUGGUGACAGAAAUUUCAAGGAUUACAUCACGACAACAACUAGUAGCUUUAAUUUCCAAACAGUAUCUGAAUCGAACGUAUACGUAUACAGACUUCUGUUAUCUCUAAAUCCUCGUAAAUCUACUGGAAUUGACAAAAUCCCUGCUAAAAUUAUUCGCAUUGCUGCUCCUGUAAUUACAAACUCAUUGACAAAAAUUUUCAAUAUGGCCAUUAUAAGUGCAACUGUUCCUUUUGAGUGGAAAAUAGCAAGAGUCACUCCCAUAUUUAAAAACGGCCCACGAAACUUAUUAAACAACUAUCGCCCCAUUUCUAGCCUCCCUGUAGUAAGUAAACUUUUUGAAAAAGUAUUAUACGAACCGGCUCCAUGAGUAUCUUGUUACACAGGAGUUGUUGUCCCCUCGUCAAUUUGGUUUUAGGAAGUUUCAUUCUACAGCCUCCGAUAGUACAAAUGAAUGGUUUAUUAAUAUGGACCGUGGUUUGUUUAAUAUAGCUGUUUUUCUGGACUUACAAAAGGCGUUCGACACCAUAAAUCAUGACAUCCUGUUAACGAAACUUGAUCUUUAUGGCCUACAGAAGCCAUCAUUAAACCUUUUAGUAUCCUAUUUAGCGAAUAGAACCCAAAUGUGCUCCGUUAAUGGCGCUCUGUCGGGCACGAAGUUGGUUACAUGUGGAAUCCCUCAAGGUUCAACUCUUGGCCCACUCUUAUUCUUGAUCUACAUUAAUGAUCUGCCUAACAGUUUGGAGUACUCGUCGACAAGAAUGUUUGCCGACGAUACGAUUCUAACUGUAUCUGGCAAGUCAAUGCAAGAUGUAGAGGUGGCCAUAAAUCAUGACCUUACCAACGUUAAACAAUGGCUUUCUGCAAAUAGAUUAUCUCUUAAUCUAGUCAAAACUGAGUAUCUACUAAUAGGAUCUCGGUACAACAUAAAUAAUUUACUUGCAGCUCCAAAUGUAUUUGUUGGUGAUACACCAAUUAAAAAGGUCAAAGAAACAAAAGCACUUGGAGUUCAUAUUGACGAGUUUCUAUUGUGGGAUAAGCAUAUUGAUAAAAUUGCUAAGAAGAUUUCAUCCGGAAUUGGGGCGAUCAGAAAGCUAAAAUCUUGUGUGGAUCAUAUUACAUUAAUUUGUGCUUAUAAUGCACUUAUACUUCCACACCUAGACUAUGGUUGCGAAGUUUGGGACACCAUUGGUGACACCAUUGGUGCCACUCUUUCUGAUCGACUCGAGAAACUACAAAAUAGGGCAGCUAGAGUUAUUACUGGCCGUAAAAACGAACACGGUCAAUCUGAACUUGCUCUAGACGAACUGAAAUGGAAACCUUUAAGUGAACGCAGAACACAUUUCGUAGCAAGUCUUAUGUAUAAAAUAACUCACGAACUGGCGCCAAAACGACUAACCAACAUUUUUCAAAGGACGUCUUCCUCUUAUUACUAUAAUAUGCGAGGCUCUUCCACCAAACUCUUUUUGCCCAAACCUAAGACUGAAUAUCUUAAAAAAAGUCUUAGUUAUAGAUGAGCGAAUUGUGGAACAGCCUUUCUGAUGAAGCAAGAAACAAACACACUCUUUUUUGGUUUAAUUCAUGGUUACGACACCUGGCCAAUUAAUCAAUUAAUUAAUUAAUUAAUUAAUUAAUUAAUUAAUUAAUUAAUUAAUUAAUUAAUUAAUUAAUUAAUUAAUUAAUUAAUUAAUUACGUUAAUUGAAAAUAUUGAACAGUACUAACAUUAAUUCAAUAUGUAAAUAAUUAUAUACUAGUUGUAUUUGUAAAUGUAUUGUAAUUGUUGUUAACUGUAAUGUAAUGUAUGACCAUAAUUUGUAUUAACUGUAUUUUUUAACUAUUUAAAUCUACGCCCCCCUUGGAAAUCAGCCUUCGCUGUAGGGGUUAGCGUAGUUAAAUAAAGUUUUACCUACCUACCUAUACAAUGCAUAGGAAAGAUUUGAACAACAAGAACAAAGUCUAUAUUUAUUUAUUUAAUAAUUUUAGGAUUUCUGGUACUAAAUCAAUUCUUAUAAAUGUUUACGAUUAAAAAUUGAAAAAAAGUUUUGCAAUCGGUUAUGUGAAACAAUUAGUUGAAGCCGCUUUCUUACAUGUAUUUUUUAUAUUUUUGCCUUCUUCACUCCUGGCAAAGAGAUCAGUGAGAUGACCACAAAUACACCAUGCGCCCGCAAUUAUUGAUGAACUUUAGACGGGCACACCAGAGGAACGCCGUCGAUCAUCAUCACUUCGCCACUAGCCUGCGUGACAGGCUCAAUGGGCCUGCCACGCAGGCUACUUCGCCACAAGCGAAUCGAACUCCAUCGAACACUCGCAAAUGAUAGCCUAUACGUUUAACACUAAGGACUUUCUUGUAGUAUAGAAAGGAUACAUUUUCAAGUCAGUGAUCAUGAGGGUGAUGGGGUUGCAUAAAUGCAUAACUCCUGUCCAAACAGUCAUGCAUCAUGCAAUGGGAAAGGUAAAGAUAAUGAUAAAAAUUGAUAGUAGAUCAACGGAUGAUUGUCAUAAUUCCCACGUUCCUACUCUACUUGUAACGUCUAUGCAUGCAUGGAUGCUUUAAAAAUUUAUGCGGAAUAUUUUGUGAUAUAGAAUAUAUUUGUGAUCAUAUGUUAUAUUUUCAAUUGGCAGGGGGGGGGGGGGCUAAAUUCUACAGAGAGUGAAAUUCAAAUGUGGAGUUAAUAUUUUGACCUCAAGUUAUUCUUUGGUUUUGGAGAGUAAAGAUUCAAUGAUAUCAGAAAACCACCUCCUCUCCCACGCUUUGUGACGUAAUAAACGAUCAGUUUAAUUAAAAUCCCACUUUAUACAAAGUCAGUAUAUGUCAAAUGUUAGCGCAUUAGAGCAGUAUCAUCUUGUUCAGCUAGGGAUUUUUCUUGAUAGUAUACAAGAGAUAAGUGUUUAAAGCCCGUUCUCCACGAGAUUGUCUAUUUGGCGUGGGUGGGUGGGUGGGUCGUGCGUCGUGGGUCGUGCGUCAGUAAAUCGCAAAAAAAUUUAAAACCGAACUAUACCAUGAACUGCCAAAAUUUUGCACGAAUCUUUUUAGCUAUAUGCCACAUCUCUAUUAACUAUGACCACAUUGGCAAAAAUGCUGGUAGAUUCGGUGAACUUGUGGGUGGUUGAAUUUAAUUACAGUAAUUUAACUUGUAAAAGACAUCGGUGACCUCCAAAUUUAGGCUGCUGCGGUAUAUCGAUAUACCGAUAAUUAUCUUUUUUAUCAAAAUACCGAUUACUCGAUAUUGGAAUUUUCAAUAUAUCGGAAUAUCGAUAUUUUUCGGUAUUAUCGAUGUCACGUUUACGUUUGUAUAUUUAAACGUCAUAUCAAGCUUUUUCAAGCGCUGAUUGAAGUUAUUUCAGAAGGACAAAGACGACAAUAGAGAGUUUUAGAUUGACGUUCUUCAUUAUUACGGCAAACCGCAAACCGAUAGUCGACGUAUCCGUUACAAGUUUGCAGUUCGGAUUUUAAAAACGAUUUAGAUUUAGGCCUAAGGUUUUAACUUCCAAAAUGUAAACUUAACCGGUGGGCAAUAGCAUCCCAAUCCAUUGGCUUUUGCGUUCGGCAGCUUGCAACCUCCCUAGCCAAUGCAAGAUCAUGUUGUAUGCUCGCAGCUCGGCCACCGAAAGGGUUUCGUGGAUGAUAUUUUUCCAAGUUCUGUACUAGACACAAACAGAUUUUAUAUAAAAUUCGCAACAAAAUUAGCCUAAGAGUAAAAUUUAAAUCUCAAAAUCAUGAGAAAAACAAAUGACAACAAAAACAAUUUAAUCAGCUAUGCAUUUGGGCUAUGCUUUUGCCAGCCAUUUUGUUUAUUUACAUCGACUGAAUUCGACACAACAGUUCAGUCGAAGAUAGUAGUUUCAUAUCCUUAUUUUAUUCAAGAGAGAAAGUCAUAGUGAUAAUAAACAUAAAUGCCAUGUUUAUACGCGAGAAAAAGAACAAAAAAUUGCAUGAAAACCUUGAGGGAAACUACCUACCUGAAAACAGCCUCCCUCGCGUAGAAACGUCUACUUCGAACGUGUAACCUGACGGCAAGAUGGCUGUCACGUGAUUUUUAGCCGUUUGCGGUUAGCGCGAAUUACGAAAAUACGUCAAUCUAAAACUCUAUAAUGUGCUAAGUAACUCCGCGGGAAAAUCCGUCAAUUAAGGUUAGAGCGCGAUCUAAAACGUGUUUGUUUAUACGUUACGUUGGCGUACGUUGCAAGGUACGGUAUUAUGUCAUUUCGCUUAGUUAUAGGUAACAUGUCAUUUCGCUCGUGAACUUUUAGAACGUAAACAACGGUGGAUUACAAAUGUUUUAGAAAAACAAGAACUAACCUCAUUGGACAUUGUUAGUUUUCUGGUGAUAUAGGACGAUCUUUGUUUCGAACUCGCAGUUGAAUAAAAUGUUUUGAAACAAUUUCCCGGACAAAAAUACCACACAUGUUUCAUCCGGUGCGGUAAUCAAUGCUAAUAUUAAGUAAUAUGCAUUUUCAAUUCGUAAAGCGGACACAACACAGGCUACUGAUCACUGGCCUCACACUUUUUUGAAAAUAUCACGCACCCGAUGAGUCAAAGCUGUUAUAUCGUGGCUGUUUGGCAGCAUUUGAAAACAGAAAAUUUUGCAUAAAAUUAAGCAAAUUUUGCAUAAAAUUAAGCAAAAUGUACAAUCGCGAAAAAAUAUCGAUAUAUCGGUAUUAUCGAUAUUUUUUUUCCGGUAUCGGUUUUCGUUUUUUUUUCAAAUACCGCAACAGCCUACCCCCAAUUUUUAUUUCAUAAAAUAAUUUUUUUUAGUAUACUCAAUUAUUUUGACAAUUUAUUAAAAUACCGAUCUAAAUGGUAAAUUUUCCAUUUUUUUGAAAACUGUGUCGCUACAUUUUUUUGAAAACCGUACGGCCUACUUUUACGCAAACGUGAAUUACAAUUGCAACUUUCAUGCUUAAUUUUGUCUGUUAUCUGGGCGGUAUACUAGCUCGUCAAAACUUUAGGUAUUUAAACGGAUAACUGCAUUGAAAAGUCCUUCAAAACAGUACAUUUUUUAAGGAUUCUUCAGUCAGGGUGGGGCAAAAUUGCUAAAGGGCCCAUUCUCUCCUUGUCCUCCCCCAUGCAGGAUAGUAUACGAUCGCCGAAGGUGUGAGCCGAGUACCGUAGGCUCGAGUUAGCUAGUGAUGGUUUUAAAAUUUGGGUCUCUGAAAUAGCAUUUCGUGCAUUCUAAGGACACAUUUUUUAAAAAAGUUUUAAUCAGGUGAAAAUUGUAAUAAAUUGCAUGCUAAACAUUCAAACACAACAUAAGUUCAGUUCAAACACAACAUAAGGUCAGUUCAAACACAACAUAAGUUCAGUUACUAGUAUGCUGCACCAACAAAUUUAGUUUUUUAAACUUUUUUUCAAUGUUAAACUCAUUUACUCAUACCGAGUCCUAGGGACCUGGCUUUGGGGCAAUAGGCCAUUUUUUUCAGUUGUGGGGCAAAGGAAGGGGCCCAGUGGGGCAAAUGCCCCACCAGUCCACAGUAUUAAAAAAUGCCUUGCUUCAAAAAUAGCACAUUACACUCAUGGCAUAAAAUUAGAUUACAUGCAACACGACUGGAUAACAUGCAGUCUUAACAGAGGAAAUCAUGAAAGUGGCAAUUGCAAUCGCGUUUGCGUAAAAGUAGGCCGUAUAUAUACGGAAAUUGUCGCAUAUCUCAACGGGAAUUUUAGGUAAAUUUAAACCAAUAACUACAUUGAAAAGCGCUUGAAAAACAGCACAUUAUAAUAGCAUAAAAUUGGAUUAUUACAUGCACAGAUAACAGAGAAAAUUAAGCAUGAAUGUUGCCAUUGUAAUUCGCGUUUGCGUAAAAGUAGGCCGUACUGAAAUUGUUAUAUCUCAACGGACAUUUUAGGUAUAUUUAAACCGAUAACUGCAUUGAAAAGCCCUGGAAAAACAGCACAUUAUAGUAGCAUAAAAUUUGAUUACUAUACCGAUGCACAGAUAACAGAGAAAAUUAAGCAUGAAUGUUGCCAUUGUAAUUCGCGUUUGCGUAAAAGUAGGCCGUACUGAAAUUGUCACAUCUCAACGGGAAUUUUAGGUAUAUUUAAACCGAUAACUGCAUUGAAAAGCCCUGGAAAAACAGCACAUUAUAGUAGCAUAAAAUUGGAUUACUACACACAUAACAGAGAAAAUUAAGCAUGAAUGUUGCCACGGUAAUUCGCGUUUGCGUAAAAGUAGGCAGUACUGAAAUUGUCAUAUCUCAACGGGAAUGUUACUUUUAGGAUGAUAACUGCAUUAAAAAGCCCUUGAAAAACAGCACAUUAUAGUGGCAUAAAAUUAAAUUACUACAUACCCAUGCAGAUAACAAAGAAAAAUAAGCAUGAAAGUUGCAAAGGUUGGGAUUUUAAUUCUGCAUGAAAAAUACAAAUACCACUCUAUAUAUGCCUUCAUAUCCGCAUUUUACCCCCUCACCGUCCGUUCGCAUUUUACCCUCCUGUCCGUCCGAUUUUUACACUCUCAUCCAUCCGUCCGUCGUCUAUCCGUCUUAAAAAAUAUUUUCAUUGUCUAUACGACGCUCAACACCGUACCCGCGACCCACCCACCCACGCCAAAUAGACAAUCUCGCAUGCAUGUGUGCACCUGCAUUUAGACUACAAUUAUUCAGAAUUGGCGCAACCAUAUUUUUUUGUUUAAUUUCUGAUGUAUCUUCAAAAUUUCGUUUUAUAGUUGGGAAUGAGCAAUAUCAGUGGCAACAUCACAACUGUGCCUCCUACUGGGUGAGUUGCAUGGUCAGCACUGCAGGGGCGAGGAGGGGUAUAGUUGGAGGUCUAAAACCAACAAUUGAACCUCUCUAUGCUAGGGAUGCACCGGAACCGGUUUUUUAAGUUCCGGCCGGAACCGGAUCCAACCGGAACUGGAAAAAAGUUCCGGCCGGAACCAGAACUAAUUUAUUAAGCCAUAUAUAGUCAUAUGUUACUUUGUCCGCUGCCAGACAAGCAGACACUUCAAAUCAUCAAGUAGAGAGUUCGCAAAUAUCAGAAUAAAAAGACUGACAAACGUUAAACGUCAUAAUGAAGUGUUAAUAGUGUAUAUUUCCCUUGCGUAGUCCAACUUUCGUCCUACUGUGACCUUUUGUGAGACACAAAAACGUUUGAUAUUCUAUUUCCCUGAAAACGACAGAGUUCCGGUUCCGGCCAUGCUUUUUUUACUAGUUCCGGCCGGAACCGGAACUCUAAAAAAUCGGGGAUCCGGUUGGAACUAACCGGCCGGAACCGAAUUCCGGUGCACCCCUACUCUAUGCAGAUACCUCUCAUUAGUGGACACCAUUUUUGGGUCCAGUGGUCAAACAUCUAUUGUAUUACUAUAUUUACAACAGCUGCAUAUGCAGACACUAUAACAAAAUCCCAAAUAUUAUAUCACUUGUAAGCAGACAGUUUACAUUGUAUUUUCAUUAAAAUAGCCGUUAUCUGACUGGUCUGAAAUUUGAAUUUGUUCUCAGUAUUCAACUGGGGAUACCAGUAUUGAAAGUUUUGUAUCCCCCCUGAGAAUCCAAUCGAUCCCAUUUCUGACUGCAUACUGGUUACCAUAAGUAUUAUGCCCUGUUCCAUCCAAUUAAGUUUCCAUAUUACUCGCACUGUUACAAAUUACAAUAACAACAGGAGAUUCAACAAUCUCGAACUCAUUAAUAAUUUAUGAGCAAAUUAGCGAAUGAACUCACCCUAAUUCGUCACAUGAUUGAGGUUGGAUACCGCAAGGAAACACGCUAAAAAUCAUAUACCAUCACUGUUGUUAGAUGAAAAACGGUUUUCAUCUAAUAACUGAGAUCCUAAUUACAAAUUCAAGUCAAAACACAACAAUAUACUAUAAUAAUAUAUAUAAGCCAAUGAAAUGUUUUCGUUCGAGAUGUUGUGUAAACAACUCGUUUCUCGUGUUUCAUCAGGGGAUCCAAACACUCGAAAACAAGUUUUCUCGUUUGAAAUUUUCUUAGUAUCCAGUUGGAAUAUAAGUCAUUCACAAUUUGGUAUUUAAAACCAAAUUUUAGUAUCCUGUGGAUAUAUAGGGAUACUGCAAAUUUCUGACCCUGUCUGCAUGAUGUUGUGUUGAGUUCCUACCCAUUGAGCAUCAGUUCUCUUCCCUUGACAAGUAAAAUUGCCUGCCGUUAGACAGUAAAAUAUAACAAAGUGGGGUGCAUUAGGGUGCAAUGCAACUUAAUGGGUUAAUAUUAAAAACAUCUGUCUGAUGUAGAUUUAUAUACAUACUAAUUAAGGGUGCAAAAAUAUGUUGUUACUAUUUUGGUGAUAAAUGUUUAGUCCACACACAGUUCUACAAUCAGGAUAUUGUAUAUGCAUGCAUGGUGAUAAAUUAUUAAUUUCUAAAAUUAAUUAAUUAUUAAUUUGUCUAUUUCCAGUGUGCCAUGUGAUGUGGAUAAAACCUUUUUUCCUCACCUAUUUUUAAUUCCUGCAGUAAGUUGAACAUUAUAUUUUUACCAAUUGACAGAUCGAGGUAGAAAUUUACAUUUGCUUCUACUAUGCAACUGGAAUAGCAGAUUUUGGAAAUUUACUAUUUCGGUGGAAUUAAGAUCCACAAUUUGUUAAUGAAAGCCUAAUUGAAUUAAAUGCAAGCGCAAAAAUUCGACUACAAAAUCAACAGUUGUUAGUAGUAAAAUUAUCCUCAACAUAUACCAGCAGGACCGUAACGAGGGGGUGUAAUAUUGCAUUUGCCAAAAACAUUUCAGCCGCUAAUUAAUCUUUUUUCCCCAAAAUUUUUGGUGAUUGGGGGAGGGGGGGAGUAAAAACAUUUUCCAGACAUACCAUUGUUCACUAACUAAUUUCCAAUUCAUGUACCAUAAUUUCUUAAAUCUUUUGGUAAUAUUUUCAUAAAUUUAUCAAACUUUUUGCUAUAAAAUUACUUUUUCAUCUGAGCCACUCAAAUAUUUUUGCUGAUUAUAUAUGAAAACGAUUUGCCGAUAAAACCAUUAUUUUGCAUUUUCAGGGGUUGUCACAACCCCACACCCACCCCACCCACCCCCCUAUAGCUACGGCCCUGCAUACUAGUAAUAUAUUAUAAAUUGAUACUACAUUUUUUCUACUAUAUAAUUAUAAAUGGAAUACUGAGACCAUGAAGUAUACCAUUCUGUCAGACAUUUUACUACCGGCAUAUACAGAAUAUAGCGUAAAUUUCGACCCCGGAUUGAUAACUGCUUUAAAUGAGUUAAGUUAUUUGUUGAAGACCUGUUUGAUACUAGGGGUGCACCGGAUUUCAAAUCCGGCCGGAAUUCCGGCCGGAUUUAACGAAUUUUCCGGCAUCCGGCUUCCGGCCGGAUUUGGAGAAAAUCCGGCCGGAUUUAAAUUUCUGUUUUCACCUUAAAAAGUUCACCAAUUAAAUAUAAAGCAUCAAUUUGGCAGCUUUAAAGUUUAAAAAAACACUUAUAUUAUUAUAAAAUAUUAAGUUAUUAACAAAAAGAUGUUUAAAAAAGGUUUAAACACAAUCAAAAAUCUAAACUGACACUAACUAAAAAUAGUAAAAAACGAGAAAAUCCGGCCGGAUUUAAAUUUCUGUUUUCACCUUAAAAAGUUCACCAAUUAAAUAUAAACCAUCAAUUUGGCAGCUUUAAAGUUUAAAAAAACACUUAUAUUAUUAUAAAAUAUUAAGUUAUUAACAAAAAGAUGUUUAAAAAAGGUUUAAACACAAUCAAAAAUCUAAACUGACACUAACUAAAAAUAGUAAAAAACAUAAACCGUCAUUUUGAAUACUGAUUUAUCCCCAAUUGGGACCAUUACCGGUUUAUCUCAAAUCCGGCAAAUCCGGCCGGAAUUUUUGUCCAAAUCCGGUUCCGGCCGGAUUUGAUAAUUCCAAAUCCGGUGCACCCCUAUUUGAUACUUUGAUAAACAGUGUCAUUUUGGAUGUCUGUCACUCAUGAGUAAAAGUAAGGCUAGUACUUGUUUUCUUGGUAGACUUGAGUUGCCAGUCAAGGCUAACCCCUAUGCUCUAUUUCAGGGAAUAAUUAUCACCGUAUUGGCAUUUUUACGAAAACGAACAAGUUUUAAAAAGGAUGUUUGGGGAGGUCGACCUGGGCUUGUUGUGUAAGUUCAGUCUCUAGCAGUUGACUUUUUACAUGAUAAAACGUCAUGAACCUUGCAACAAGGUGAUAUAGCAACUUGUUCCAGACUAAUUAAUUGUCACAAUGACUGCGAACAGAGUUGUACACUUGACGCAAAUUAAGUGACCUGGACUAAUUUGACUCGCAAUUCUUGUGACUUGACUUAACUUAAUCAGGGUAACGACUUGUGACUUGGACUUGAACAAAAUGACUUGUGACUUGACUUGGACUUGCAAGAAAUGACUUGUUACCAACGCAAGUCAAACAUAAAGUUUGUACAAUUUGUACAGUGACCCUGACUGGUGAGUGGUGGGUUUUUAGUUACACACAUGGACAUGGUGCUGAGUUUCUUGUCCGUUCUAUUGUUUCAGUGCCAAUGGACAACUUGCAUGUUAGACUAAAUUUUAAUCUAAGUCAAAAUAAGGUUAGCUUGGCCAUGAUGGGAAUCGAACCCCGCGACCUUAGGGAUACUAGUCCAAUGCUGUGCCAACUGAGCUACGCAGUCAAGUUAAGCAAGACAUGAAAAAUUGGCGAAAGAAGUUAAUAAUGGACCUUUCACCUUUUGACUAAAAUUCAAAUCUCAACAAGUCUAGACAAACAUUUUAUCACAGCUUGAAAGAGCAUCACAAAAUUAGAAAUAUUCCAAAGUUUCGUUGCGAAAUGUUGUAAAAUGCGGAUAAUAUAGCCUUGCGAAGUUUGCAAUUUUCAGUCAUUUUGGAUAACUUACAAACGGGAAAUACAUACUCUUUUUCCGAAGGAGGUAUGUAUUUCCCGCGCGUAAUACAAAAUGACUGAAAAUUGCAAACUUCGCAAGGCUAUAUUAUCCACAUUUUACAACAUUUCGCAACGAAACUUUGGAUUAUUACUAAUUUUGUGAUGCUCUUUCAAGCUGUGAUAAAAUCUUUGUCUAUAGACUUGUUGAGAUCUACAUUUUACUAUUUUAGUCAAAAGGUGAAAGGUCCAUUAUAUAAAUUAUAGUUUCAAAAGUUCUUUCAAAUGAGAACAUAACAAUUUAUAUUGCUAUUUCCCUUUAAUGCAAGUCCACUACCUACCAAAGGUUAUUUCUUAACUACACAAAGAUUAUGGAACGUACUACCAAAGUCUAGAGUUUGACAGCAAUAACAGUAGUAAAGGCGGGACAAUUAAUUUAAAAAUUGACUUUCUAUAAGGGGCUGUUUAUAUGAGAGGCGGGACGGGACGUUUGCCGGGACGGGACGAUGAACGGGAUCUCGGCUCGUAUAAAUUUCUAUUAUAUUUAUCACCAGAUGUUUAUAUGGAAGCGGAACGUUUUUCAUCCCGUCCCGGGCAAGCGGGAUCCCGGUUUGUGCAACCGCGAUCCCGCUUAAACCGGGACGUUUUCUUCCAUGUAAACACUUGUUGCCGGGACGGGAUGGAAGGCGGGAUGAUUUUGGUGUAUUGAAAUAAAUGACUAGGCUUAAACGAACUUUCGAACAACGGUUAAAGAAACUGAAAUGUUGUUAGAGAAGAUCUCGUAGUUCAAGAAGAUUAUUAUUGCUGCUUCAACAACCUUUCGUUUACAAUUAUACUGUAAUCUAUUACUAGAAAAAUAAUGUGAUUUUGCUAAAUCGUGCACCGUGACUUAUUUCAAUACGUCAAAAUCAUCCCGCCUCACAUCUCGUCCCGGCAAAGCGGGAUCAUGUAAACAGCUCUCAACCCGGGAUGUAUAAAUCGUCCCGUUCCGGCAAACGUCCCGUCCCGCCUCUCAUAUAAACAGCCCCUAAGUAUUACAAGUUAUAGUUAGCGCUGGAAGACUUUUCGACGUUGAUGAUCCAAGGACAUGGGAAUUUUUUGUCUUGUAACAAGUCUCGUAAUCUGUCCUGCCAAAUAUCGUGUUUUCAUUAGAUUUGUGUUUGUUGUUAGGCUACAAUGUAGUAUUAAUUAGCAUAGUUCAUGGGGCCGCUGUAAUUGGUGCCGUAGCCUUUUUCACGCCGCCAUUUUUGGGUGGCAUUUCAGCCGAAGUCUGCGAGAUAAGUCCACACAACAGCAACUUUUUAUAAUUGUUUGGACGAAUGAUGGUAAAUUUGCUUUGUAAAUGGUUAGUUUAUUUUAAAAAAUUGCUUUUCACAUUGUUUUAAUUGCCUGCACUGGAUAAUGAAAAUUUGAUGCCACCCAAAAAUGGCGGAUAUUCGUCAUCGUGAGAAAGGCUAACUGGGACCAUUCAAUGAUUGGGACACAUAUUAUAUUAUAAUAUGUUGUUGUAAAUAAUUAUACUGUUAAAUGUUGCAUGACGAAAUGACUUGACUUGGACUUGCAAUAUAAGACUUGUUUUGACGACUCCUGACUGGGAACAAGCAGUGUGAACGCAUCCUGAUACUGGCUUAACAACAGCUUGUUUGCAAGUCUGUAACAACUCGCGCAUUUUAACUUGUCUAUACCCACAAUUAAGUCAUAGCCAGAUUUGUAUAACUGCCCAUGCACGUCAUGAAACCAAAAAGAUGUUUUUUAUAAAAUCUGAAAUCCUGCUCCGUUUGACGUAAUGCUUUUACCCUGUGUAGGCCUAUAGAUUUUCUUGGUAUUGAUAAUGACCGCCUGGCCAUCAUGUGUGUGUUUGGAGCUGCCACUGGAUCAAUCACUAAUCUGAUCAUUGUCAGAGAUGUGGGACAGAAUGUUUGGGGAGCUGGUAUAGAUGCUUUUCAGUUUUCUCACAUUGAUCCCUGCUAUGCAGGCUUAUUAGAGAGGAUGGGGGCUUAUUUAUUUAUUUAGUUAUAGAAGAAUUAGGUCAUUAAUGCAAAUUCUUUUUAUCGUACAUGUCUCUUAACCUGAAUAAGCUUGCGAUUUUAUUGAAGCAUUCAAUUUUUCGUCUGUAGCAUUUCUUAGCAUUGGGACUGCACUCGAAGUUGCUUUCCUUUAUUAUCCAUACUUUGGAUGUUUGGCAUCAUAUCACAGGAUUAUUGGAGCUUUGAUGGGACUUCCUUACGUUGUUGUCUAGUAAGUAUGCUCGAAUUUAUUAUGAUAAUACAUACUAAUUAUUAUAGCCUAGUAAUUAACUGUAAUAAGGGUACAUGUGGUUACUAGAGAUCUUGAACUGCAAACAGCAAACUUCAAAUCACAUAUACGUAAGUUCUACAACUAGUUUUUGCAGUACUGUAAACGUCAAUCUCAUUAAGGUGUCGACUGUUACAGAAGUCAGAACCAUCCUCAGACUCUUUUCAUUGUUUUGAAAAUUCCAACGGUUCCCCAUGCCAUCAAGUCACUCACUACAUAUGUCUUAUAUAUUAAGUAUUUAUGCAAACCAUAGAUAUCUUAUAUACACUAGAUAGCGCAUCUCUUUUAGUAAAAUUGAAGCCAAGAAUAUUCCAGCGUUACCCCCAUUUGAAUAGAUGGCGGCCAUGUCGGAAGUUUCCCACUCGCUAAUAAACGCUUAAAAAACAACAAUAACUUUCAUCAUUUGAAUUGUUUGAAAAUGUAUUUGGAAUAGGUUUAACUUAAUGUUUAAAUUCCCUGUUUAAGAAGUAGAAAACAUACGAGUCUUCUCAUUUCAUGGGAAUAUCCUGAGUCUGCAAUCACGGCUUCAAUUUUUGAAUUGCAGAAUAAUUAGAUGCACUAUCUAGUGUAUAUAAGAUACCUAUGAUGCCAACAUCAUUUUGUGAUACUUAUUAUAGUCACAUUGAAAUUAUUUUGUGUUUUUAUUGCAGUUUUUCUAUAUCAAUGACGGCAGAUCUUCAAAAGUGUAAUGUAAGUAUAUUUUUGUCCAUUAAUGGCAUUAUUAAUAUACAGUAUGUCUAUAGGGGUUCUUUAAAGUGCCUAUGACACGAAAUUUCACCGUUUAUGGUUGUAUUGUAAAGAUCACUUAAAAUGACUUAAUAAUUUCUUUUAUAGAAUUUUGGUAACUUGCUCCCUUUUCAAGAUAUUCAACUUUCAUGCUUGUCAUGUUACUCUGAGUGUAUAUCCACACCGGGCAAGCUUGAAAAAUAUGCAUGACCACGGUGGGAAUCGAACCUAGUUCAACCUACGACCUUUGGAAUACUAGCCCAAUGCUCUGCCAACUGAGCUACGCGGUCAGGUCGGUUCGAGUAUGUGAUAUUUCGGAACUGAAUCUGGUUCCUUCGAUAUCAAUGUAAUCUAAUAAUCAGUAGUGAUUUUUCUGUGUUGGUGUACAUUGAUAUCGAAGGAACUAGAUUCUGUUCCGAAAUAUCACUUACUCGAACCAUCCUGACCGCGUAGCUCAGUUGGCAGAGCAUUGGGCUAGUAUUCCAAAGGUCGUAGGUUCAAUUCCCACCGUGGUCAUGCAUAUUUUUUAAGCUUGCCCGGUGUGGAUAUACACUCAGAGUAACAUCACAAGCAUCAUAUUCACCUGAGUACAUUACACCAACACAGAAAAAUCACUAUAUUCAACUUUGUUUCAUAUGCAAAUAUCACCGGUGUGACAUCACAUCACAUAAUGAGUUUUCAGGAAAGUAUAGUUUUCUUGACGAAUACGUAUCUAAAAAACUUAAAAAUUGCCCUUGUAUAUGUAUUAAUUUCAUAACUGCUAAUUAACCCUCUGUAUUUGUUUGUAAACAUAUUUUAUCAAGGUAAAUAUUGCGUUUUCAAAAUGUCAUUAUGCGAUGUGAUGUCACACCGGUGAUAUUUGCAUAUGGAACAAAGUUGAAUAUCUUGCAAAGGAAGCAAGUUACCAAAAUUCUAUAAAAGGAAUUAUUAAGUCAUUUUAAGUGAUCUUUACAAUAUAUUAGGAAUGUUCGGUAUGAGAAAUUUCCGGUAUCGGUAUACCGAAAAAAUUAUACCGAUAUUAUCGGUAUACCGGUUUUCCUUUGAUAACUAUAAAGGAAAAUUCUUUAAUGGAAGUUUGAAGGAAAUUUUGAGUAAUUCUAAAAGGGAAAACGAUAAUUUCGAAGCUGUUUCGAACGUGUUUCGAACGACAUGCACGUACUUAGUGUAAAAUCUCACUGAAGUGGAAAUUCUAAAUCAUUGCAGUAGAAAGUUCUUUGAAUUGCCAUUCAGUAGUAAAAUAAAGGUUAUGGUUUCGUCAUAUAGUUGGUAAAUUUAACACGGUGUACCGAAAAAUUCCGUUAUAUCCGAAAUUUCGGUAUAUCAGUAUGGUUGAAUAUCCGGUAUCGAUAUACCGAUAUUGAUUUAAUACCGAUAUUCAGUCCUACAAUAUAUAAUUUGCACAUUUAAUUUACGAAUUAUUCUGAUGGAUAUAGUGUUGUCACUGUUCGAUCUAUCGUGGGGGUGCAAGGGGUGUGCACCCAUCUGUUUGUCUGCAACACCCCCACCCCUAGAGAAGUCCAGCACCACCGUUUCUGCUUUUCGAAUAGCGAUUAGCAGAACGUCUACAACAUGUUAUGCGUGUGUCGAUUUCUUGAAACGAUUUAAUUGAUUUGUGAGCUCACGAGAAAAUACCCAGAAUGCUUUAGCUGAAUAUCAUGGUUAAACAUGUAAACAUGUCGAGGUUGUUGUGCAGCCAUGUUUUCAAAUAUACUGUUCUUCCAAUAACCGCAUACGUAAUAACAAGCCGAUAUAACUUUAUAAACAAGAGAUAAUGUAAAACGUAACAGAACGGCGAACAUGCACAUUCGGUCAUCUCAAGUAAUGAUAAUGCUGGGAUAGUAGCGUUGCAGACUGCAGAGGAGAACCUUAUGUACCACCCCAUGGAAAACCUGCACCCCUUUUUGCAGAUGAGGCUAGAUCCGCCCCUGUUAUUUGGAUAAAAACAAAUUGAGCGUUUGCACAUGACGUCACAGCCGCCAUGUUGGUGUUCCAAUUGAAAAGAAUUUUAAUUAGACUGGAACACCAACAUGGCCGCCAUGGCUUUUGUUGAGUUGGGUUGUUCACCAUUUACACGGAAAUUCCGGUGAUUCCAUACGGAAAGUAAAUGGAACAAGCAUAGUUUCAACGGCCUAACCGGAACUUUUCCGGAAUGAACGGUUUGUUUGCAAUGGUUGUCCUCUCUUACCGAUUGGAACGUUUCAACCGGUGAAUUUUGUUCCAUUUACAUCUUUUAAAAUUUUUUCACCAGUUCCAGGCUCUUCGCGAUUUACUUCAAGCCGGAUGGGUUUUCCAUGUAAAUGGUAAACAACCCUUCAGUGCCUUCCGGUCAGUCACUCUAAAUGGAAGGCGCAUAAUCGGAAUGGGAUUUUCUAUCCGAAAUUUUGCUUACCAUUAGCACAAUUUCAAACCGGGUGGGUUUUCCAUGUAAAUGGCAAACAACCCUGGUCCCUGGGAAUUUCAUUUCAUUUCUUUUAAACUUUAUUUAACGAGGCUAACACAUAAUAGUUUUACAACUAAUAAACUUGUGGCCCUCACGAUAUGCUAUGUAACAACAGUAAAACAACAAUAGAGCAUGCUAUCUACAUAUAUAAUAUAGUGUCUAUAAAAGAUUAUCUAAAAAUGGAUUAAAAACCUUAUCGUUAAGUUGAUUGGUCUUAAGUUUCCGGUAUAAUUCUUUCUUAAAAAUAUAAAUGGAACUACAGGUUCGUAACUUAAGAGGUAGGUAGUUCCAGCAUUUGGCUGUAGUUACCGAAAAAGUACACCCUCCUUCUUUAACUCUGUUAUACAUUGCAUCGGUGGCAAAAUUGUAUAAAGAGCACUGCGAGUGUUUCUGUUAUGUUGAACACCGUUCAAUAUCAACAGAUCCUUGAUGUAAUCUGGACAGGUAUCAGCUGACCUUUUAUAUGCCAUGAGACAACGUUUAACAUCAGCCUCGACAUAAAAAGGUACCCAACCUAGAGUGCUGAACAAGUCGAUACUGCUGUGUCGAGGAUGGGCAUCGAGAAUGACUCUGGCACAUCGCUUUUGCAGCUUGAAAAUCAUAUUAAUGUUCUCUUUACUACAACAUCCUGACCAAGAUACACUGCCAUAGAGUAUAAGUGGUUUAAUCAAUUUAAGCUGUUUUUAAAAUUUUUCGUUGCGUUUUGGUUAUUUUUGUUUUGUUGUGGUAUAUGCUAAAACAAUUACUCACCUCAUUGUCGCGGUAAAUAAUUGUCAAUUUUGUCAUAGUUUAAAAAUUCUUUUUGACAACGUGUAUUUUAAUUUAUCAAUUAUUAGGGCAUUACGACGUGGGCACAAUAUGUUUUUGAGAUAUUACCAAAGAUACCAACGAUAUUAUGUCAACUGUUUAUUAUGGGCAAGUUUAUACUUGUGCUCUAUAAGGAAAUCAAGGAAUAUGGAAUAUUCGGAAUGCAGCUAUUUUCUCCGCAUAACCUCGUAAGUAAUGCUUUGUCAGAUCAACCUCGUUGCUAUGAUGGAAAUUAGAGCUGUGCGGUUAACCGAAAAAUUCGGUUCUUCCGGUACUUUUUUAGCACCGAAAAAUUAUACGCAAAAGAAUCGGUAGUUUCGGUUUUAAUUUCCCGUUUAACGCCCGCGAAACGCCCACCUGAUUGCAGGUUGAAAUGUUUGGAAAAUAACAAGAUUGUGCUCUUUGUGCACAAUAUGCACUGUACUAUAAGUGCUCAAAUAGUUGAUAUUUUAGUUGUGAUAGUUAUUGUUGUGCACUUGCUUAAAAAAGAAAUAUUUCAUGUUCGUAAAUAAAUUCCAAUUGUUCUUUUAAAAUAUUCAGAGAUUUAUACAAACUUACAAAGGCAUAAAUUCAUCUAUUUAGUAAAAUUGCUCGAAACAUAGUACAUAAAUGAGUUCAUACAUUUGCACUGUUCUUCUUUUUUGAAAAUAACCGAACCGAGGUUUUUCUGUUCCAAAAAACCCGGAACCGAGAUAAAAUUUUUGGAACCGCACAGCUCUAAUGGCAACACCGAGUCACCACAAUGUAGUACACACUGGAAUUUUUUUCAAAAUCCUCACUGUGGAAAUAGCAUGCAUUUUCGUUGGAAAACUAUGGAAAUCCAAUUUUCAUACUAAUUGCAAAAUUUCCCAACUUUUAAUUUUUGAUUCCUGUAACAGUAUUAUGUUUGAUCUUCUCACGAAAAAAAAGAUAAGUUUCACACUUGACAUUCUUCACAAUUUGAUUAUACAUCUCAUCCUCAGUUAAUCCAUAACACAUCUUGUGAAACUCAUUGAUAAUUCGUGAAGAAAACACAAAGAAAUCAUGAGCGUGAAGGAGUUUGUAUAUCUGAUACAGAAUCAUGAUUAUUUACAUAAACUUUAAGUUUAAUUUUCUCACCAAUUAUAUCAUUAAUUUAUUUUAAAUUGUUGAAGAAUACGAAUGUUGUCAUCGAGACGUUUUACAAGCUAUAUAAAGCAUUCGAGUCCGUGUUGUAUGUUGUCAUCGAGACGUUUUACAAGCUAUAUAAAGCAUUCGAGUCCGUGUUGUAUCAGACAUACGACCUGUCGCCUUCGCCUCGAGUCAGGGCCGCCGGGAGGGGGGCAGGGAAAAAUUGCCGCGGGCCCCCACCUUAAUAGGGCCCCAACGUGAGAGAACCUAAAAUUGAGUAGGUUCUUUAAAUUGAUCAGAGCAUUUUUGAAAUUGAGGUCCCCCCUUACAGUAGGUCCACAUGCAGUCUAGCCUUAGUCUAUUUGGGUGACUGACUUCUCCAGAGAAUAUUUGCCUCGGGCCCUGCGAAUUCUCUCGGCGGCCUUGGCUCGAGUUUGUAUAUCUGAUACAACACGGCCGCUCAUACUUUAUCUGUUACGUAACGGAGGCAAUUUUCGGCUCCAGAAAUUUUGCCUAAUUCUUAAGACUCACCAUUGAUCUCAAUGACUUUUCAUGAAUAAUAUUCAUAUUUAAAAUUUCAUAUGUUACAUAAUGUCCAUUUAGGAUGAACAUGUUCAUGAGCAUGUGAAAUUGAUCCGACCAUGGUUGCAUGAUCACGUGAACGAUCUCAUUAAAUCAAAGUAAGUUCAUGGGUACACACGUAAAAACGCACAAGUUGUAACAAGUCUGCAAACAAGUUGUUACAAGUCUGUUCACAAGCUGUCAACAAGUUGUGUUCACACUGCUUGUUCCAAGUUUGUUGUAACAAGUUUGAAACAAGCUGUUAACAACUUGCAACAAGCUUGAUGGCAUUAUCAGCCUUGUUACAAAUCUGUGCUAACAAGUUUGUUACAGCCAUGAUAUAACAAGGAUGUUACAAGGUUGUCAACACAAGGUUGUAACAAUCUUGUUUUACCAAGCAUGCAUGUAACGGACUUGUCAGAACAACCUUGCAACAAGUCUGAUAAUUUCGACAAGGUUGUUACAAGUUGUCAACAAGUUGUUCCAAACCUGUUGACAACUUGUGACAAGCGGUGCGAAUACAUCUUGUUGACGGUUUGUUGGCAGACUUGUUACAAGAUGUGAGAUUUUUACUUGUAUCUUGCAGCAAGUCUGCCAACAAGCCGUCAACAAGUUGUGUUCGCACUGCUUGUCGCAAGUUGUCAACAAGUAUGGAAAAACUUUUAACAACCUUGUUGAUACUAUCCGACUUGUUGCAAGGUUGUUCCAGCAAGUCUGAUACAACCAUGAUAUAACAAUAUUGUUACAAUCUUAUGUCGUCAGCCUUGUAACAUUCUCGUUAUAUUAUGAUUGUAUCAGACUUUGUUAUAGAACAACCUUGUAACAAGGCUGAUAAUGCCGUAAAGCUUGUUACAAGUUGUCAACAGCUUGCUAUAAACUUGUUACAACAAUUGGGAACAAGCAGUGCGAACACAACUUGAGAACAGAUUUGUAACAACUUGUUUGCAGACCUGUAACAACUUGUCUAUCAAUUUGUAUAUACUAAUAAAAUAUUUCGCUCUUUUUUUAGACUCACCCGCCAAUAUUCAGGAAUAGGGUUCUACUUGAGGAAAAUUUACAAUCCCGAGAAAAGUAAGUGCUUCAGAUACAGAUUUCGGACGGUUUAAAAAAGUUCCAUUGGAUUCUACCUUAAACAUCUAAAUUAAUGUUGACUAUAUAUAACUGUAUUAAUACUUACUGUCGUUCCAAUUGAAGUGUUGCUCAAAUAUUGAUUCAAUACAUUACCUCGGGCUGACCAAUUCAUUUCAUCAAGUUCCUCGAGAUAUUCAUACACUUCCUAGUAUAAUUGUAAACUUCCUGCUGAAUAGUUUGAAUGCACCAAUCACCUUUGUUGUUUGUGCAACUAACCAAUCAUAAAUAGAAAGGAAGUGACCAGAAAUUAUCAAAUACUUGAAUUGGCUCUUUCACAGGAAGUGUAUGAAUAUCUCGAGGAACUUGAUCAAAUGAAUUGGUCAGCCCGAGGUAAUUGUAUUGAAUCAAUAUUUGAGCAAUACUUCAAUUGGAACGACAGUAAGAGAACAAUAUAAUGGCUACACGGUUUUGAAUAAUUUCGAACAAUUGGUGAUGUGGAGACCAUUGUUAAAUAAGUAUUUUAAGAAGGAACGUGUAAACAAGAACACGCGCGCGCAAGUGCAUAUUGACGCACGCGCAAAAUGACGCGACUGACAGUUAAGUUAAAUUGUCAGCAUUUUUGAACAUAACAUCACAGAGUAGAGACAUACAGAGACGUAACUAGUGUACCCACUUUUUUUGUGCGCAUGCUCGGCAAGUUACUAGAUGCAUGCAUCUGGUUGGAUGACGACCUGAUGACGACUCACUUUAAACUUGCUGAGCACGCGCAGUUGAUCACUUUUCGCCCGGUCGCCUGAAGAAAAGUGGGUACAUGAAAACGUAAUCUUCCGCAGUGUUUACAACGGUCAGUUACGUCUCUGUAUGUCUUAUCUACUCUGUGAUAACAACAACAAUUGUCGCCUGAAGACGGACAUUUAAAAUGUCCGAAACGUUGCAAAUUAAAUUAAAUUAACCUUUUGUAUAAAUCCUUGAGAAAUAAAAAUAAGUAAUAAGUUAUGAACAACAAAGGUGAAAGUUUUAGAAACAAGAUCUAUUACAGAUUGUUUAUAUCUUGCUUAGUUUUCAAAAUAUUUCGACUGAAAAAAGUGAGCUUUUCGCCAUCUUGGAUUAUUGAGGAUAUGCAUGUUACGUCAAGAGAGGGGUCACGCUAUUUUUUUAUCUUGAGAGUAAGCGAUCAAUAUGGGUCCAAAACUUCGUUUCUGGUUACUGUCUGAAAUUUUGAAAUGAUUAAAAACAUUUCAAACAAUUUUGGAUUGUUACUCGGUCAUUUUAGAGUAGUUUUAUAUGGAUAACCCAACUCCUGACGUCAUCAAAACCAUAGUCAAUGAGGUAAAGAAUUUUUCCAAAAUGGCGGAAAGCUCAUUAAUUUCAGUCUAAAUAUUUCGAGAACUAAGCAAGAUAUGACAAAUCUUUAACAGAGUUUAAUAUAUAAUUUUAAGAGUUCUUUUGAAUGAGACAAACUAAUUUUUUUUGCCAAUGUCCUUUAAAUGCAAUGAAAUCAAUGUACAGUUUCAAUUUUACUUAAUAUAAAAACACUGUACACGUGACAAGCCACAUUAAUAGCUAAUAAGUAAAAAAAGUUAUUUGCGUCUUAUUUGAACAUAAUUUAUAAGUCCGACUCUGUUCCGCAAGCCGUCACUAAACUCACUAAGACAUUUCAAGUCUUUCUUGAAUUCUUAGGAAGCUUAUUCUUUCAUUAUAUUCUGGUGCUUAUGAGGUGGUCACAGUUAACCAAACUGACCAGGUUUGUACUUUAUACUCUUUAUAGUAAACGUAUAUCAGGUACUCCAUAGCAAAGUCUGUUACCGACUGGAUGAAAGCAUAGCAAAGUCAGUUACCGACCUGAAAUCUAGUCCAGUUCAAAUUGGAGGACUUGAAAUGACAUCUCAUACGAGUAAAUCACUACUUAAAGUGAGGUGAAUUAAUUUUGAUCUAGCCAAGGACUGAAUUAAUUUUGAUAGAGUCCCAGGACUGGAUCAAUAUACUUCGUCAGGUAUCAAAAAUUUUUAUGUGAGCAAAAUAAAGCAAAACGGUUGGCUAUUUUUCUGUUUACAACCUUCAUAACUAUUGGAUGUCAAUGAGACAGAAAUAUGAUUCGUUUGUAAAGUUGUCAAGCAAGAGUACAGACUGACUAGUGUCUCACCGCUGUAGCUCUCUCUAGUGAUUACGCACUUCGUUAUUAAGAUAUCAGCACGAGCCUUGACCAAAGCUUGAUGAGCACAAGCACCCCAAUUCACCCCUUGCCCCUUCUACCAGAUCUGGCUGGAUCCAUCCCUGGUGGAACACAUCAUAUUUUCCUUGUUUUUCAGGGACCGUGGGCGAAGUGGGUGCUUCCUGACUCGGGUCAAGCGGUACUACCCACGACACAUGAUAAUGAAGAAACAUAUCCCUUGGGUAUGGCUGUUACUUUCGCUGUCACCAGACCAUUAGAACAAGGUAGGGUUUCUCAUGCCUGUAUAUUUACUUUUUUGCAGUUGUUAUAAAUAAGUUGUAAAAAUAUUAUCUUUAAAUACGUGAUUAUUAUCUUUUAACAAGUGAUUAUUAUCUUUUAACACGUGAUUAUUAUCUUUUAACACGUGAUUAUUUUAUUUUAACACGUGAUUAUUAUUCAUUUAACACGUGAUUAUUAUCUUUUAACACGUGAUUAUUAUCUUUUAACACGUGAUUAUUAUACUGUAUAAUUAUUUACUUUUUUGCAGCUGGUAUAAAUAAGUUAUAAAAAAUGUUUUUCGUGUUUUUUCAGACGGUUUCCGGUUUUUACCCUAAACCGCCUUCACCCCAACCUCGUUCCCAGGCUCUUUCCUCUUGUGAAGCCUUUACCCUAGGAUUUUCAGAUUUCAACAAUUUAGCCUCGCAUGAAAGAUAAAUAGUUUGAAACGUGUUUUAACGAACUUUUAGAUGACCAAAAAUUACCUCCAGCACCGAUAUUGUUCCUGUUGACAACGGACGGAGUUCUUUGUCCAUUUUACAUCGUGUACAAGAAUUCUAAGUUAGCUACACGAAUCUGUCAUCCACCUCAACCAUUGGCAGUAGACGGGGAACGUUUGGCGAGUUCUUCAGGUAUUUAUCGCGUCAGUGGACCUUUUUGACUGUCUUUAUUAAGGCAAAAAAAUGAAAUUUCAACAAAACUGCUGAAAACAUCUCAUCAAAAUUAGUGAAAUUUCUUUUUUCUGUUUAAGAGAAGAAAUGUUCGUAUGUUAAACGUUUGUUCGUAAGUUUCGUAUGUUGUUUCGUAUGUUGUAACGUUUUUCAAUCGGCAAACAAACUUAAAAAGUAUGUUAAGUGCUUUAUCUGUAAAAUUAUGCUAAAAUGUAGAGAUUUUAGAUGGUACGCCAAAGAGAAAGUGAUGUAUGAAGUUUAGUAAGUUUUGCUUAUAUUGCUGUAUAAAUAUGGCGUCAAUUGUCAGUGAUAAUUGUAUUUAUAUUUGUGUUUCUCAACCGCCAGAUACAUUUAAGGUAAUUCCGUAGUUUUGCAUUGCACACUUUUACCGCGCACAUCUUAUAACUUAUAAUUUCAUCCAUUAUACGUACCGUUUAAAAAAAUCAUUUUAUGACAAGUCUGUAGUAUAUUUAGGGGCCGAUUACAUGGAGCAUUUUCAACCCCGGGGUUGAACUCAGCCCUGUUUACCGGGUUGAAAUUUCAGCCCUGUCUGUAAUACAAAACUCUAUCAAAAUCAAACGCGCGAUUACAUGACAAAAUGUUCAACCCAGGGCUGAGUUCAACCUUCAACCCCGGGGUUGAACUCAGCCCUGGGUUGAAAAUUUUGUCAUGUAAUCGUUUCAACCCAGGGCUGAAAUUAUCAUGACUUAUUCGAGCAUACGUGGUAGUGACUGUUCAUUACAAGAAAACAAAAUACAGGCUUUUUUUACUUCCGCGAAUCGAUGCCGAGAACGUAUAGUAUAACGUUUCAACCCCGGGGUUGAAAUCGUCCAUGUAAUCGCAAAAAAUUUCAACCCGGUUAACAGGGCUGAGUUCAACCCCGGGGUUGAAAAUGCUCCAUGUAAUCGGCCCCUUAUAAUUAUUUACUUGUAUUUCACGUUUUAAUGCCACAAUUCCCUAAAAAGAUCGGUGACCCCCGUUUUUUAACUGAUAAUUUAUUUCUUUAAUGCAUUUUACAUUUCAUAUCCGAAAUUAAAAGAAAAAUCAUUUCUGGGUCUUGAAAAAAAAUGCUUUAUCAAUGCAUGUUCUCAAAGAAAGAUAUGUAAAGAAAUGUGGAAAAGACAUUUGUGGAUCAGAAUUUUACACGUUAGUAGUUUCAUUUUGCUCAAAACGCAAUAUUUUUUCAAAAAUAAUUACAAGAUAGGUUUACUAUAGCAAAAUCCGCGCUAAAAACGUCAAUAAAUAUCGGGCUGUUGUGAGUUUGCUGUUACUCGUAAUGAGCGUCAAGAUGGCGCCAUAUUGGGGUAAAGGUGGUAUAUUGUGAUUGUCAUAUCUUCUUGACGAGUUCGGUGACCCCGAAUUUUUUGUGUGAUUUUACUUUAAGUACAUCAUAAACUCCAUGCCUGGGAAGUUUCAGCACAUUCUCAUUUCGGGAACAAUUACUGCGGAAUUACCUUAAAAAGGUUGCUAACUAUGUAAACUACAAAAUGAAGCUAAGACUGAAGUAAUUUUGAGAGGAACGCCAAACUGAUUUUAGGUUUUGAACACUUUUCAAAGCAUUCUUUCAAUGCUUUGUUUUAGCUUUAUUUUGUAGUUUACACAGUCAGUUAGCCACCUGGCGGAUGAAAAACACAAAAUAAUAUAGACAAUUUAAACGCUGUAAAAUUGACGCCGUAUUUAUACAGCAAUAUAAUUAUCUAUAUCCCACUGAACUCAAGUCUGAUUGUCCACCCGACUUAGAACAUGAUCACAUUUACGAAGAAUUAUUUCUUUAUAUUUUUGGGAAGUAUUUUUUAUUAUACUGCGUGUGUAAUGUUUUUACCGAUUAAAACUCGCUGUGAGUUUAGUGAACUGAUCAGUAUGCUCUAUAUAGAGAAUACUAAUGAUCACACAAACGCACUGUAAUUGCUAUGAAGCGCACUAUAUGAGACAGUUUAUGAGAUAUAGCCCGCUGAAAGACGGACAUGCGAUUGGCUGAGUGGGUAUAUAUGAUCAUGUCUUAACAGAGCUUAACUACAUAUUCCACUUUGACUUUUACAGGUGUUCCAAAGCCUGCAGGUAGCCUAGCUACUCAAGCCGCCCCAGUCACAAUGCCUCCAACCAAGGCAAUUACCCCAUCUGUUACCCAAGCAACCAAUCCACCCGCCACAACAAGCACCUCUUUUACCGCCUCCAAACCCCCUGUACUCCCUGACAACACUAAGGCACCCCAAUUUGGGUUCAGCCCCCUGACAGGAGCUCAGCCGAAUACUACACCACUAACAUUUGGGCCAUCAAAAGCUACCCAAGCAACCAAGCUGACCACGACUAGCACCUCUGCUGUCACCUCCAAACCCUCUGUACUGCCUGACAACACCAGAGCACCCCAAUUUGGAUCCACGCCUUUCACUGGAACUCCACCAAGUACUACGCUACCCUCAUUUGGCUCAACAAAAAUUUUUGGCUCGAACUUGGCCGGCAUGCCCACCAAUCCUGGCAAUGUAUCAUUCUCUCCUGUGAGCUUACCUCCCAGUGCAAAACCAGGUCAAACCGGUUUGUUCCAGUUUCGUCCACCGCAAAAUCCUCCCUUGACUCAGUCUGGAUUUGUGAGUAUUUUCACUUGGUUUUCACGUAUUUUUCAUGAUAUUGAAUCGGAUUAUAUUUUUUAAAUGUUUAUGAAAAAAAUUUUACCAUAGGCGUACGGACGAAAAAAAAUUAUUAGGGCGGGAGGGGGACAAAAAUUUGAAUGAACCCUGAAUUGUGAAACGGAGAUUCCAAUUACAUGCGAAAUUUUUCAGCCCGGUAUGAAUUUUAAUAAAAUAAUCUGUUCUUUUUUAUUCAACAAAAUUAUAUUAUUUUUAUAGUGAUAAAUUAUAGUAUAAUUGUAAAUGAAAGGUUGUUCAAGCAGCAAUAACCAUGUUCUUCUUAAACUGUCUUCUUUGUAUUUAUGCCAGGGUUCUACGCUUUCAAAAUCUGGACCACUCAGCUUCGUACCGCCUACAGCGUCAACUCCGUCUUCAGCGCAAUCGUCUACUAGCGGACUGCGGACGACGAAACCGACCGAGCCAAACGUUCCCCCCAAAACUGAUCCUACCCAUAAAUCUACCAUUCCCUCAACGACCAAAGCACCCGACGUACGGGGUACCACCCCUGUUAAAACCCCACCAGUGACCAAUGCUAAACCCCCACCGACCAUGCAACCAACUCCCAAUCUAGGAACGCCUGUGGGUGUCAAGAAAGAUGGCGUCGUUCCCGGCAGUAAGGAAGAGUCAAAAGGGAAACCUCUGGCAAAGGUAAUAAUUAAGCGAUUAAUCUAAUUUUUAUAAGCUAUUGUAUACGUCAACUAAUUCAAUAGACAUCGUGGGUAAAAUAAGUCAAGUUUAUGCGAGGGUAGCUGAAGCGACUAUGGGUGGAAAUAUGUUGAAACAACGGCUCGUCCUGUACAAAUUACGUCUAUGUUUCUUUAAAACCUACAAACUCAUUUUAAAAUUUCAUACUUUGUUUGACCCGGAAUUAGCUAUCUAUCAAAGCCCAACCUUUCAAGAAGAAGAACCAAAAUCUGUACCGCGGUGCACUGCACUGCACUGCACUGUACUGCAAUGUACUGCAAUGUACUGCACUGCACUGCACUGCACUGUAGUGUAGUGUAGUAUACUGUACUGUACUGUACUGUACUGUACUGUACUGUACUGUACUGUACUGUACUGUACUGUACUGUACUGUACUGUACUGUACUGUACUGUACUGUACUGUACUGUACUGUACUGUACUGUACUGCAAUGUAGUGCACUGCACUGCACUGCGCUGCGCUGCACUAUAUUGUACUGUACUGUAUUCUGCUCUAUUGUAUUCUAUUGUAUUCAAUUGUAUUGUGUUCUACUGUAUUCUUUUGUAUUCAAAAUACAUUCACUCUAAUUGUAUUAAAAUACAUUGACUGUAUUAAUUCAUCAGGCGUCACCAUCCAAGCAAGAACAACUGGAGGCCGCUAUGCAUAGGAAUAUUCGCAACGAGGCAAGUUUGAGAAAAAUGCGGUAUAUAUAUUCAUUGCAUUACACUUAUGGGGACCUUUAA